CGGUAGGUAUGCAAGGUUCGCCUCACUAAUUUAUAAGAAGAGGAUUAAGCCGCUACUCGUCAGUACAUUUGCUGCCUUCGAUCGUACGUGUACUAUACUACGCUUAGCGCUCGAUACUUUGCUGUCUGGUAACUAGAAUGCAGGCGAAUAUGGCGGGCGUGAUGGGAUCCAAUACCGGUGUACAAGCCAUCGGAGGCCCUGGACACCCGAUGAUGACUGGGCAGAACAUUGGUGGAUCACCAGUUGGAGGCAUGCCUGGCCUGCCGAUGGCAUCAAUGAAUGGUGUGAACAUUUCCCCGCCUAUUAACACUCCGGUAUCACAGUACGGAGUUGUUACCUGCUACAUCUGUGGGAGGAACGGGCACUAUGCCCGGAAUUGCUGGCAGGCGGCAAGCAAGCAAAAGCCGGAGGAAGAGAAUAGUGAGAAGAGGGAGAUGCUCGUAGCUUCGAACCCCCAGCUAGUGAUCGAGCCUAAGAAACGCUCACCGCGUUCGAAGGCUCGAAUCCUGCGUGAGCUUAGAAGCUAUAUAGCUGAAUCUGACGAGGAUAGUGAGGAAGUUAAAGAGGAAACUGGCAGGCUGUUAGAGGAACUUGAGAAGAAGAAGAAGGGAAGGCGAGUGAAUGCAGCACCACAGGCAACUACGAGUCGCACAUAUAAGAAGAACUUUGCGGCGAAGCAAGCGAUGGCGCGACAGAAGACCGCGAACGAGGACGAUUUCAGAACACCAACGAAGAUGUGCGCCGCCGAAGCUUCGAGUGAAGGAAUGGUGGACUACGCCCUCACGCAGACAAAGACCUUGUCUGCCCUCAAGGCAAACGAGAUCCGAAAGAUCUGCGAUCGCGAGGGCGUAAGGUACGUAGUCAAGAACCAGGCUAUCGAGGAGAUCGUCUGCUGCCGCACUAGGCUCGCUUACGAAGGCUUCUUCGAGAAGGAACGAGCGACACCAUCUGACAAGGCGACAGUGGAAGGACUGGAGCGGAUUCGGUGAUGGACGAUCUGUCGUCACAUGCCGCUGUAGGACGCCUGCGUGAACU